GCGCGCGCAUCCCGCCGAAGUCUGUCCAAUCCCGAGACGCGGUGCCGAUCGGCAGACGCGCGACGUCAUCGAUUCUGCCGCCACGCCGCCGCCGCCGCCGCCGAACCGGUUUCAGUGUCGCCGCCGUCGCCGGAGCCCGGGAGUCGGCAAACGCACGCCGCUAGUGGAGCACCUUCAGCCCGUAUCGGUCACGUCGUCGCCGCCGCCGCCGCCACAAUCACAACCACAACCACUGCAGGUCUGGUCUUGCUGCAGCGUCCGCGGAGUGCAACGAAGAACCGUCCGCGUGCAUUACGCCGGUCGUUCGUCUAUUGACUACCACCUAUUCAGUAUUCCGUCGCACACACCUGUACGCCACCGGGACCUGGACUAUAGACACAUACAGCACAUAGGUGUUUAAUUUUAACGAGUAAUACAUAUUGUAAUCAAAUUAUGACAUCGAGGUGAACGGUUUUAAAGAACAGAAAUCAUGUCCGGCGGCACGAUGGAUUCCGGUGUCACCGGAAAUAAUAACAUACAGCCAAUAAUCACAGAAUGUAAACUUUACAAAAGACGAUGGCUAAUGUUGAUGCUAUUUGUCCUCUGUUCGAUGAUCAAUGCUGUACAAUGGAUACAGUACAGCAUCAUAUCUAACGUGAUUAUUAAAUUUUAUAAUGUGUCAAGUUUUGCUGUGGAUUUCACAUCCAUUAUAUACAUGGUUACCUACAUACCACUCAUAUUCCCGGCAUCGUGGAUACUAGAAAAAAUGGGCCUUCGUGUGGCUAUGGUGGCCGGUUCAUUCGGCACGAUGAUCGGUGCCUGGUUUAAAGUCGCGUCUUCCAGUCCAGACAGAUUUUAUAUGACCAUGAUCGGUCAAACGAUUGCGGCUAGUUCGCAAGUUUUCAUAUUGAACUUGCCAGCACGCCUGGCAGCAGUGUGGUUUGGCCCAUCUGAAGUGUCUACGGCGUGUUCAAUCGGAGUGUUUGGAAAUCAGUUCGGCAUAGCUCUGGGCUUCUUGCUACCACCACUGCUGGUUGAAGAUAACGAUGAUUUGUACGAGAUAUCUUCGGGCUUGUCAAAAAUGUUUUACGCUACGGCUAUAAUUUCGACACUUGUAUUUUUAUUAAUAUACUUGUUCGUCAAGCCGUCACCCCCAUUACCACCAAGUUUGGCACAAGCGAAUCAGAGGGCAACUAACAAUAACGACCCAAAAAACUUCAUUAAGUCUUUGUGGAGACUAGUAUACAACUAUGGAUUCCUUUUAUUAUUACUGUCGUACGGCAUGAACGUCGGUUCAUUUUAUGCCAUUUCCACUCUGCUCAAUCAAAUUAUAUUAGAACAUUUUCCUGACAAUGCGGUGGACGCCGGCAGGAUAGGUCUAACGAUCGUCCUUGCAGGAAUGUUGGGUUCAGUAUUGUGUGGUUUUGUUUUGGACAGAACUCAUCUUUUCAAAGAAACGACUUUGGUGGUGUAUGCUUGUUCGUUGUUCGGCAUGAUAGUCUACACAUUCACACUGUCUUGCGGACACAUAUCAGUUGUGUAUCUGUCAGCAACCUUACUCGGGUUUUUUAUGAACGGUUAUUUAGCGGUCGGAUACGAAUUAGCGGCCGAACUAACCUACCCAGAGUCCGAAGGCACAUCGAGUGGAAUGUUAAAUGCAGUGGUGCAAGUAUUUGGCAUAAUUUUCACGUGUCUUUAUGGAUGGAUAUUUAACGCAGUUGGAGACAAGAGAGCCAAUUUAUUUUUGUCCGGAACACUAGUCGUAGGAACAUUUCUCACAGCCUUGAUACCGUCGGACUUGCGGCGACAAGCAGCUCAACAAAAAAAAUCUUUGGUUAAUUAAUUAAUGAUAAUUUUACAAUCAUAAGUAAUAUAUAAUUUGGCUCAAGUAUUUGUAAUUUAUUAAUACCACACCAAUAUAUUAUAAAUAUAAAGUAUUUAAGUAUGUUA